UUUUUUUUUAUCAUGUCUCAAGACGAUUUAAGCCAAUCUUUAGCCAAAACACAUAUUGAAGAAACCAAUCUGAUUGACUUGGAAGACAAUAAAGAGUAAAGUUUUAUGAUUCAAACACGCUCCUCAUUUCUUUUCUCUUGUAGUGAUAAACCAAAAGAAUCCCCACGUCAAUAUCAAGCAGAUAUACCCAUGUUUGAUUUCCAUCGAUUCCUAGACCAAAUGAAACAACCCAGUGCUGAACCUAUUGCUCGUUAUACAAAAGGGUUUAUUGCUGCUUUCUAUCGAAGAGAAGCAUGGACAGUACAAGAACAGAUUCGAUUCAUUCAGGAUUUCCUUCAUUUUACCUAUGGACGCAUGAGGGAAUGUGAUGUAUGGCGAGAUAUUUCAGAUAAAGAAUUCGAGAAUGCCAAAGAAGGCAUGGAGAAGUUGGUCAUGAAUCGAUUGUAUCCCAUUACCUUUUCACCCAGUACAAUGGAUGAUGUAGAAAAAGAUAGUAUUCUUCAUCAUAAAAUCAAGAUUUUUAGAUGGAUUCGAGAAGAGCAUUUAGAUAUACCCGUUACAGCAGAUAAUGAUUCUUUCUUGACCUUUGCCGAGUCAGAACUACUCAAGAUGAAUCAUUACAAGGCACCAAGAGAUAAACUGAUCUGUAUCUUGAAUGCUUGUAAAGUGAUUUUUGGAUUAAUGAAACAUAUGGAAGCAGAUCAAAGUGCAGAUGUGUUUUUACCCUUGUUGAUUUAUGUGGUGAUUCGUGCUAAUCCGCCUCAAUUGAUGUCGAAUGUACAGUACAUUUCUCGGUUUAGAAGUCCUGAACACCUCCGUUCUGAAGCAGGUUAUUAUUUGACGAAUCUGAUGGGUGCAAUUGAGUUUAUAGAGACCAUGGAUGUUCAUUCAUUAUCCAUCACACAAGAAGCAUUUGAUGCGUAAGUACAACAUCACCACCAUCAAACUUACACAGAAUCU